CCAGAGGUCGCAGGCUGUGAGAGUGGGUUUCUGCUUUGGCACAUUCAUUCUCGCGAGACAAGGCGCGAGGCCUGCCGGGGAUGAUGCGCGGCCUUUCGUAGGUUCGCGCAAAAUGGCAGCCCUGGAAGAAGAAUUCACGUUGUCUUCUGUAGUUCUGGGCGCCGGGCCUGAUGGACUCCUAGGUGUGGAGCACAGCGACAAAACAGACCAGUUUCUAGUGACCGACAGCGGCAGGACCGUCAUUCUUUAUAAGCUUUCUGAUCAGAAAACCUUGGGGAGUUGGUCAGUGAAACAAGGUCAAAUUAUAACAUGUCCCGCUGUGUGCAACUUUCAAACUGGAGAGUAUAUUGUUGUACAUGAUAAUAAGGUUUUGAGAAUAUGGAAUAGUGAAGAUGUAAACCUGGAUAAAGUAUUUAAAGCUACAUUGUCAGCUGAGGUAUAUAGGAUACAUUCAAUACAAGGAACAGAACCCUUGGUGCUAUUCAAGGAAGGAGCUGUUCGUGGUUUAGAGGCCUUGCUUGCAGAGCCCCAGCAGAAAAUUGAAACUGUUAUCUCCAAUGAAGAGGUGAUUAAGUGGACAAAGCUUUUCAUUGUAUUUAGACAUCCUGUUUUAAUUUUCAUUACUGAAAAACAUGGAAAUUACUUUGCUUAUGUACAAACGUUUCACUCACGUGUCUUAAGCAAAUACACACUCUUACUUGGACAAGAAGAAGAAGUUGUUAUACAAAGUUUUACUGCAUCUGUGGAUCGGAAAUUCAUCUCUUUGAUGUCAUUAAGCUCUGAUGGAUGUAUAUAUGAAACUUUGAUACCAAUACGCCCAACUGACCCAGAAAAAAAUCAGAGGGUAGUUAGAUCACUGUUACUCAAGGCUGUUGUGUCUGGUAAUGCUCGAAAUGGUGUCGCACUCACUGUCCUGGAUCAAGAUCAUGUAGCAGUCCUAGGAAGUCCACUGCCAGCUUCUAAGGAAUGCGUCUCCAUAUGGAACAUAAAGUUUCAGACACUACAGAUUUCAAAAGAGUUACCACAAGGGACCAGUGGUCAACUCUGGUAUUAUGGGGAAAAUUUGUUUAUGCUGCAUGGAAAAUUUCUAACUGUGAUUCCAUACAAGUGUGAAGUGUCAUCAUUAGCAGGUGCUCUUGGAAAACUCAAGCAUAGUCAAGAUCCAGGCAUUCAUGUCACACCUCAUUUUGUAAACUGGGAAACAUCUCAGGGAUGUGGACUUGGAUGCCAGAACUCAGAACAGUCAAGAAGAAUUUUAAGGAGACGAAAAGUUGAAGUGAAUUUACAGGCAGAGGUUCCACCAUCCAAACAACUCUUACUAACCAUAAAGAAAGAUUCAGAAAAACACAUUGAAGUGGAACUACGUAAAUUUUUGGCUAUGAAGCAGACGCCUGACUUUCAUGCUAUAAUUGGGGACAUAGUAACAGGACUUCUAGAAAGAUGUAAAGCAGAACCAUCGUUUUAUCCACGGAACUGUCUGAUUCAGCUUAUCCAAACACAUGUGCUUUCUUACAGCUUAUGCCCUGGCUUAAUGGAGGUUGCCUUACAAAAGACAGAUGUACAGUUGUUACAACUCUGUCUGCAGCAGUUCCCUGACAUCCCUGAAUCAGUCACCUGCAUGUGCUUAAAACUUUUCUUAAGCAUUGGUGAUGACUGUCUCCAAGAAACAGAUGUCAAUAUGGAGUCAGUUUCUGACUAUAGUGGUACUGCUCAAGAUGAGAAAAUGGAAGAGCAGACUAAAAUUCUUCAAAAUGGCUUUAAUCCUAAGGAAGAUAACUGCAGUAACUGUGAUCAAGAAUUAAACGAAAAGCCUCAGGACACAACAAAGGAGACCGUUUCAUGCCCUGUGAUACCAAAAAGAGCAGCUCUACUAAAUGCAAUUCUUCAUUCUGCCUAUAGUGAAACAUUUCUUCUGCCUCACUUGAAAGAUAUCCCAGCACAACAUAUUACUUUAUUUCUCCAGUAUUUGUAUUUCCUUUAUCUGAAGUGUAGCGAAAAUGCUACUAUGACUCUUCCUGGAAUAUGUCCUCCAACCCUUAACCAGAUUAUGGAUUGGAUAUGCUUACUUCUAGAUGCUAAUUUUACUGUUGUGGUAAUGAUACCCGAAGCAAAAAGGCUACUGAUAAACCUUUACAAGUUUGUCAAAUCUCAGAUAAGUGUUUAUUCUGAACUCAACAAGAUUGAAGUAAGUUUUCGGGAGCUACAAAAAUUAAAUCAAGAAAAGAAUAAUAGAGGAUUAUAUUCGAUUGAAGUGCUAGAACUCUUCUGAUAUUACCAGUUCUCCUUCAUGGACAUUUUAUGAAGCUCUUUUAUGUGAACUCUUCUUGUUCAUCCAGCCAAGAAAGAUGCUUUGUUUGUGACCAUCUCCAUUUCAAGAGAAAAGUGUCAGUGAGUACCUGGACCAUCACCUGUUGAUGCUUCACAUGGGACUGCAGGUUUCACAGGACCCUAUUCUAGAUUAUGGACAUUAAUGAGGAAAGGUUCUGAAAUUUUUUAAAAAUAUGAAACUGAGUUGAUUUUAAGUAAACUUAUUUGUGUAUUGAUAAAAGUCUAAUUUCUUAUCAUGUGUUUUGAAUUGUUUUUCUUUUAAUAAAAAAUGACCAUUGAAGCAGUGA